CGUUCGCAUCUUCCACUCUACCCACUUUCACACUUUCAAAAUCCGAACUCCAAAACAAAACGCACUCAAACUCCGUUACUUUCUUUGUUCAGACUUUUAGAGAAUGUCGCCGUCGACGACUGGGAACUGCAGCAAAAUCCGGCGCAUUGUGCGCGUGCGGCAAAUGCUUCUCCGGUGGCGGAGGAAGGCGCGGUUGGCGGCGUCGGACGUUCCGGCGGGACACGUGGCGGUGUGCGUGGGGCCCAGCCGGAGGAGAUUCAUCGUCCGCGCCACAUACCUUAAUCAUCCGAUCUUCAAGACGCUUCUCGCGAAAGCGGAAGAGGAAUAUGGUUUCUGCAACCACGGUCCUCUCGCUAUUCCUUGUGACGAGUCUCUGUUCGAAGAGCUUCUUCGGGUCGUGGACCGACCCGUACCCGGAUUGUACACGCUCGAGGAUUUGAGGAGACGGUGCCACGUGGAUGUCUCGAGUGGCAACUCUGAAUCGUGGCCGUUGCUUCGUGAUGAACUGAUCUGCUGAGUUGACUCGGUCCUGAAAAUACAAUAUUCAUUGUUCACUAACUACUCUUUUUUUGGGAUUUGUAAUUUUUAUCCUAAUUAAUGAUUUUCGGUGAGUUUUUAUUUUUUAGUUGUUAGAGAGAUUAAACAAUGAUAAGAGAGAAACUCUGUAUGAUUAUUAUUAUUUAAUUCGUUAAAAGAGUAGGAUGUAUUGUAA